AGAUAUCUUUGGAUGAGGAGUGGAAAGAAAGACUGUGAAGAAGCCAAGAGCUGCAGAGGAAGAAAGUCAAUGAGCGCUCAAGAAGGACAAAGAGGAGUGGUUGGGGGUGGGGGUGGAGGCAGGGCAGGGAGGGGAGUCACCGCCCCUCUUGGCUGCACUCUUGCCUUCAGAUCCCCUCUGUGAUGGUACUGUUUGCAGUGAUGCUCGGAGGGCAGGCACCUGCUGCUCUGUAAUGAUUCAGCCUCUUUCAGCCGUCGCGUUAACACAACAGGAUGCUGUUGCUACUGUCACUGCUGCCUCUACUCCCGCCGCCACUGCUGCUGCCGCCGCCGCCGCUGGUCCUGCUUUUGCUUUUACUUCUCCUGCAUGACAGUUGUUUUCUUCAUCUAAGCAGACAGCAGCUUCAGAUGCUAGAGGUGAGAAACAUGCCUUUCAGUUUGGGCUACUGGUUUACUUAAUCCACCAUCAGUCAGCUCGGCUUCUAUUUUGGCCCCAUCCUCUUGACCAGCCGGGAUGGUUUGGAGAAGCAUUUAAAAGAACUGCAAAAGUGGCCCAGAAACAACA